CUUGAUGGCGGCGGUGCCAGUGUGUGUGUGUGUGUGUCUCGGCCCGGUCCUGGGACGGAUUGACAGAGUGUUUUCAGAACACUAUUGGUGUGUUCAACAACCUAUUCAUAUUCCACUAACCUCGACAAGUGCUAAGAGAAGAAAGAAAAGACGUGAUUCUGUUGCUCUCCGACCGACCGUCUAGCACAUACACUCGUCACUCCAAACCGCGCGGCAAGACACACACGUCGCUUCUCUCCCUGCAUCCCCACAAUGUCUCUGCCAAACCUCGAAGCAAGCGCUAUGCACACUUUUCCCACACCCAUCCUUGCACCACGCAAGAGCUUGUGCCACCAGGACAUCCAGACAAAUCGCACAAUGAUCGCCUUGGGUGCUGCGGCGCGGCACGUGAAAGCAACCCUGACAAGCGCAAUCGGCGUCGGGCCAGUCUGCGCGACACACCGGACAGGUAAGUGAUCUGUCGUCGACGAGGCAUU